AUUUUUAAACAAAAAAUAGCUGAUCUGCAUGUGUUUGUUGACGCCUCAGCAAAAGGGUUUGCAAGUGUUGCAUAUUUGAGAGUAAAGCAAGAGAAAGGAGAAAUUAAUACAUCUAUCAUUUUUGCUAAAAGUCGUCUCUCCCCGCUGAAAAAUCCUAUGACUAUACCCCGCCUGGAAUUAAUGGGUGCUGUUGCUGGAAAAAGGAUGAUAGAAUUUAUAAGAAAAGAGUGUGAUAUAGAAAUAAUCCAUUGUUAUAUUUGGUCUGACAGUACGUGCGUAUUGUCAUGGAUUUUAAAUUCAAAUGAAGAAAAAUUGCCAAAAUUUGUAAAAAGAAGAAUCACCGAAUUAAGAGAAAAUAAAAGCAUAAAUUGGAAAUACGUGCCAACUGAACAUAAUCCCUCGGAUCUUGCGACCAGAGGGUGUUUGUGUGAAGAGUUAAAAAGUCAUAAAAUUUGGUGGGAGGGACCCAGUUUUUUAAGGAAAAAUGAAUCAGAAUGGCCUGUUCUAACAAAUCUUGUUUUAAAAGACAAAAAGGAAAAUUUAAAUACAAUUAAUAUUGAUUUGUUAGUUGGUGAAAUUAUAGAUAUGGAAGUAAGAAACGAAUACCCAAAGCUUGUAAAUAUUUCAAUUAAAAUAUGUUUGGCCCUUAAAAAAUUUAUUAAAAAGGUAAAAAUAAAUACUGAAUAUUUAAAAGACUUAAAAAAUUCAAAAACAAAUGUGGGCAUAAGAAAAAUGGCAGAAUAUUUAGUUAUAAUGCAAUCACAAUUUAAACACCCACCAGGUGAAAAAGAAAUAAAUGAAUUGGUAAUGAAGAAAGAAAAAUAUGGAAUUUGGACUUGCGCAGGUCGGCUAGAAAAUACAAGCAUGAAAAAUCCUAUUUUUAUCUCAUACAAUUCAUUUCUCGCUAAUUUAUUAUGUAAUGAAGCUCAUUUAAAAACAUUCCAUAGCGGGGUAAGACAAAGUUUAACGGAACUGCGAAUUAAUUUCUGGAUACCAUCAGCAAGAAAGAAAAUGAGAAAUAUUAUAGAUAAAUGUUUUGAAUGUCGCAAAUUGAAACUAGAGCCUUUUAAAAUACCGGAAAUGCCCAGUUUGCCUAAAGAACGAGUGACUCGAUCCAAACCAUUUGAAAACUGUGGCGUGGACUACGCGGGUCCAUUUGAAGUUAAAAAUAAUGAAGGAAAAAUAAGCAAGUGCUGGAUAGAAAUUUUUACUUGCAUGUCCACAAGGUUUACUCAUUUAGAAAUAGUAAGAGACUUAACAGCUAAAUCGUGUAUAAUGGCAUUUCGAAGAUUUUUGGCCGAAUAUGGAUUACCAAGAAAAAUAAUAAGUGAUAAUGGAACUCAAUAUCAAUUAACAUCAAAAGUAGUAAAUGAAAUUACGAAAAAAUUGGAACUUAAAAAUAUAAGUUGGGUCUUUAUUCCUUCAUUAUCACCAUGGUUUGGUGGCUUCUAUGAAGCGAUAGUCAAGAUAAUGAAAAGAUGUCUUAAAUCGGCAAUCGGUAAAAAAUUAUUGUAUUUUGAGGAACUGAGAACUAUUUUGCCAGAAAUUAAACUCAUAAUGAAUACAAGGCCCCUUACUUACAUUUAUGAAAAUUUUGAAGAUACAUUAGAUAUUUUAAGACCUAUUGAUUUGAUUAUGCCCCAAAGAAAUGAAAAUAAAUUUGAUUUUGGUACCAUAGAUGAAGAAGAUUUUAAAUUAAAAGAAACACAAAAAGAUGAAUUAAUUAACGAUUGGAAAAGGGCUAAUGAAAUGCUUAAUAAUUUUUGGGCGAAAUGGCAAACUGAAUAUUUGAGUCAGCUAAGAGAAAGAAUAGAUAAACAUAGUCAAAAAAGAGCAAAAAGAAAUUAUUUUCCUAAUAUAAAUGAGAUAGUGUUAAUACAAGACAAAAAUGUCCCAAAAAAUUAUUGGCAAAUGGCAAAAAUAGUUGAGUUAAUAAAAAGCAAAGAUGGAUUAAUCCGCUCGGCAAAGAUUAAAUCGAAAGGUAAAACAUUAACACGUGCCAUAGCCCUUUUAUACCCCUUGGAAUUGUAUGCAGACCAUACAAUCGAAGAAGAAAAUAAAAAUUUAAAAGAAACUAGUAAAAAUGAAAAUAAAGGAAACAAAGAUAAAAAUGAGAAAAACAAGGAGGGUGGUGAAACUGAAAAGCAUAAAAUGCAACUUAGAAAAAGGGUAAAUAAAAUAAAUUAUAAAGAAACUGAAAGUGAAAGUGAAGAUGAGGUAAAUAUAAUGUAUUAUACAGACAGUGAAAUAGAGAGCAGCAGUGACGAAGAAGAUCGAGAAGUUGCUGUAAUUUUGAGACAGCCUAUUCCCGUUAACAGAGGGCUUUUUGCUUUUCGCCCCAUAAAUAGAGAAAUUAACUCAAGAUUAAUAGAGGACCCAAUUGAUGCCAAAAUUAAAAGAGAACCCAUUAUAAAUAAUCGAUUUAGAGAAAAAAUACCCUUAAUGUCGGCUUGUUUUUGUGAUUGUCAAGAAGGAAAUGAAGGAUGUAUUUGUAUUAACAGAACAUAUCCAUGUUCUUGCUAUCCAAUUCCUAAUGAUCCUUUUAAUGAAAUAGAGUGGAAGAAAUUUGAAAUAAGAAAUAAUAGUUUAAAAUAUAAUCCAUUUAGAGAAAGCAUAAAAGAAUUUAACAAUCAAACGAAUAAAAAGAGUUUAAUUAAAAAAUGUUCAAAAGACAUUUUAAAAAUUAUUUUAAAUAAAUUGACAAGCAAAACAAUAAUAUUGAUUCUUCUAUUAAUUUAUCUCUCAAAAAUAACGGUUGUUGCGAAUCCCUGUACGAAAAAUGAAAAAUUAAAAUUCGUAGAGAUGCAUGAAUGUGUUCAUGACGGUUUAGUGAUUAAAAGGGAUAAUCAAGGAUUAUUAUGCUGGGAAUAUAUUGAUUGCAAAGAAAAACAUUUGAGAAUACAAAAAGAAAUGUAUAAUAAUUAUUGCGGGGAAAAAUGCUCAUGUCCUUCAUGGACAAAUCAAUGUAGCUUUUACUAUGGGCCAUCCGUAAAAAAUUCAACUUUAAAAAAUAAAAGCGUAUACGAAAUAUUAAAUUCCCAAGAAGUAAAAGCGAAAUUGUGUAAAAUAGAAUCUGGAGAUAAUUGUGCAAAAUUACGAACAAUAAAAGAAUUUAAUCAAAUUGAACUUUAUGAUGGUAAUAAAAUACUAGUAAAUGAUUUAAAUAUAAUAAUAGAAGACUUAAUGGAAAAUGAGUACGUGUGUGUAGGGCAAGGACCCGUAACUGGCUCAGCAAAAUUUUGUGAAAAUCAUCAUUGUAAUGAGAGAGGUACACAACUUUGCUAUUAUGUUCGAAGUGAAAUUGCAUUUUUAGAAACAAGUAAAGAGAAAAUACCAAUUAAAGCCUGGGGAAGAGUAAAAAUUAAAACAAAUGAAUUUUUAGAUAAAAAAGAAAAUUUAAUUUGUAAAAAAUGUGAAUUGAAGUGUACAAAAGAUGGUAUCGAAAUAAAAAAUGAGGGAAAAUUAAAUGGUAUUGAGAUAUGUAAAUGGAGAGAAGCUAAAAGAAAUAGAAAUAGUGUGUGA